AUGGUAUUUUUGGGGGUGGCUCCACAGUCCUUCUCUACUCCAAGCUGGCAGAUUGAGAAACAGUAUUCGACCAGAGUGCUCACUGGAAACUGGCUGGAAGAGAGGGGGAAGUCUCCCACUCCCCGAAACUUGACCUGCUUAAACCUGGAGGGGGAGGCCUGGAGCAUGGUGGUGGAAGUCUGUCACAAUCAGCGCCUUUUAGAGCUCACAGGGACCAAGAGAUGGUUCCGCUCAGUACACAGAGCUCCGCCCACAAACUACGGACUCUAUGAGCGGCUGAAGCAGCAGUGGAUGCUCCCCAAGACUGGCUGGAGGGAGAGCGUCUACACUUCCUCCUACCCCAGACCGCCCUUGAGCACUAUGUCCAGGUGGGAGCAUGCCAUCCCCGUGCCUCCCCCUCGCCUGAAGCCACACUUCUGA